AUGCAUGUGUUAUUACGUAUUCACAUACUUGUCCCGAUUUCACCACAACCAGUAUAUAUGGUCAUUGAAAGUCUUAUUUAUUUAGUUCAACUAUCGCAUAAAGUUAUAUUAUAUUGGCGAUGUCUCUCCUCCGGUAAUCUGUUUCAGACAUACACACAGAGUUAUGUUCAUACGCUCGGCGAUGUUCCAUUGAUCGGGGAUACAAUUGGUAAAGUCAUCGACAGAACAACAGAAAAAUAUCCAGACAAAACAGCUGUUGUUUUUUGUCAACAAGGGAUCAGAAAAACAUUUCACGAAUUUAAAGAAGAUAUUGAUAAACUUGCUGCUGGUUUCCUGGCUAUUGGGAUUGAAAGAGGAGACAGAGUAGGUAUGUGGUCUCCCAACAAAUAUGAAUGGGUACUGACACAGUAUGCAACAGCCACGAUAGGAGCUAUUCAAGUUAAUAUCAACCCAGCUUAUAGACCGCAAGAGUUACUUUAUGCACUUAAAAAGGUCGGAUGUAAAGCAUUGGUGUCAGAUCAACAAUUCAAAACUCAGGAUUAUUAUUUAAUUUUGGAUGAAAUAUGUCCAGAAUUGGAACAUUCUAAUGCCGGUGAUAUUAAGAGUAAAGUACUGCCUGAUCUAAAGUCUUUAAUAAUGAUGGGCAAAGGACAUUUCCCUGGGGCUUACAUGUUUGAUGACAUUAUGGAGGCUGGUACACAUGAACAUAUUCUUGAAGUGAAAGAUAUACAAGACGAACUUCAGUUUGAUGACCCCAUCAAUAUACAAUAUACAUCAGGAACGACUGGUAAUCCUAAAGGUGUCACAUUAUCUCAUCACAAUAUCUUGAAUAAUUGUAAUAUUGUCGGUAGAACAUUAGGUUAUCAUGAACGGGAUCAUGUUAUAUGUAUUCCAGUUCCUUUAUAUCACUGUUUUGGUAUGACUCUUGGUAGUCUAUCUGGACAAAUCUUUGGAUCAACGGCAGUUUACCCAUCAGCAGGUUUUGAACCAGAGGAAACACUGAAAGCGAUAGAAAAUGAAAGGUGCACCUCGCAGUAUGGCACUCCUACCAUGUUUAUUGACUUGUUGCAUCACCCACACUUUGAUAAAUACGACAUGUCAAGUUUAUUCACUGGUAUAAUGGGUGGAUCACCUUGUCCUAUAGAAACUAUGAAACAAGUUAUAACAAAGAUGAAUAUGAAAGAAGUAACUAUUUGCUAUGGUUUGACAGAAACUAGUCCAAUAACAUUUCAAACUAGCCGGUUUGAUCCAAUUGAGCUUAGAGUAUCCACAAUAGGUAAACCAGUUUCACAUACAGAGGCCAAAAUCAUAGAUCCAGAAAGUGGUCAUAUUAAAGCAGUGGAAACACCUGGAGAAAUGUGUACAAGAGGCUUUUCAACUAUGUUAGGAUAUUGGGGUGAUGAAGAAAAAACUAAGUCAAUAAUAGGCAGUGACAGAUGGCUUCAUAAUGGAGAUAUUGCUGUGAUGGAUGAAACUGGCUAUUGUAGAAUUGUCGGUCGUAUGAACGAUAUGAUAAUCAGAGGUGGUGAAAAUAUCUAUCCUGUCGAAAUUGAAAAAUUCUUAUAUAAACAUCCCAAAAUUGAAGAUGUACAGGUGAUUGGUGUACCAGAUGAAAGGCUUGGUGAAGUAGUAUGUGCAUGGAUUAAAUUGAAAGCAGCACAGACAGCAAGUGAACAUGAAAUUAAAGACUUUUGCCAAGGACAGAUUGCUUAUUUCAAAAUUCCCCAGUAUAUUUGCUUUGUGGACAGCUUCCCAAUGACAAUCUCGGGGAAGAUUAAGAAGUUACAAAUGAGAGAAGAAUCGCUUGGCAUGCUGGGAUUGGAUUGA